AUGCCUAUAGCCCCAAUGGUUCAGGAGAGAAGUGUAUAUGUACCGGCGCUGAAUAAGUACUCUGUGUCGGUCUCAGUGCCAUUUCUAGAAUUCAUUGCUGGAUUAACGCCUGGUAUAGCAUGGAACACAUACUAUGACGAGUUUUGCAAGUCAGUCCGUGUCCUUUUUGGGUAUGAAGUCAGAAGUCAGGAUCUCAAAUCUGUAUUUAAGAAGUUCAACUCAAACCCAGAGGCACCGCUAGACUGGAGUGAAUUGUUUGGACACUAUGAGAUGUCAGAUGAGAAUGCCAGUUCUGAGCCAGAUGAAGAAAAUACUGUUUUCCUCGUCUCAAAACGGAAAACAAUUGCAAGAGCAAACGGUGACAAAAAGAGGAGAGAUCAAAUUAAUUCUGUUGUGAAGGUGUCAGACUUAGAUUUGGUGGUGACGGCGUCUCAGAAGGGACAAAUUUCAAUCUACAACAACAAGGAAGCUCUUUGGGUUACUGGAUGCGACUAUCUUGCAAAUUUGAAGCGUGUUGUUAUUGUGAUGGAUAGAAGCAUUGGCAUUUGGGAAUAUAGACAACAAAAACAGUGCCAGGCAAACCUUUUUAUCAUAAAGCCACUGGACAACCCUCUUCUUUGUGUUUGCACCGUGACUCCCUCUGAGCAUCUUUCAGAUUCCAUUCUUAUCGGUGACAAUGCCGGGUUUGUAAACCUGGUCACUGUAUCAAUCAGUGAUUUAAGCUCCAAAAAAUCUGAAGAGAAAGGCCAAGCACAGAUGCUGAACCACAUAGGACUAAGACACCCUGUUGUAAGAAGAAAGCUGCAUAAUGACUGGGUACUUAAAGUAGCUUUUUUCCCUGAGCUCAAUGCCUUUGGGUCCUGUUCUCUUGACAGUGUCCAUUCAUUCGUCCUGGAAGAACUGCAACGACUGGAAGACAAUCAAGAAGUGAGGGAGAUCUCAGUCCCAAGAGGAGUGAAUACCUUUGCCUACUGUGUCAAAGCCAAUCUCAUUGCUACAGGGGGGUCUGAUAAAAUUAUCCGGGUUUGGCACCCAACCAUGUUCAGUAAGCCAAUGGGAAAGCUUCUUGGCCACUUGUUCACGAUCACCCACAUUGCUGCAAAUGAAAAGGAGCAGCACAUCAUUAGCCUUUGCAGUGCCAGGAUUUUUAGGGUGUGGGAUAUACAGACACUAACCCCACUGCAAGUGUUCAUAGAUAACCAACAGGAAGAGAAAGACAGUCGCAUACACGCCAUGGUCUUUGAUGGCAAUCUCGGUCAACUCAUAACUGGUUCAGGUGUGCUGGAUGUUUGGCCCCUCCAGCGCACUGUACAGGACACUGUGCAAUUACCUAUCACUCACAACAUGGCUGUCAACGUGCUGGUGUAUAACCAAGCUCUGAAACAGGCCCUGACUAUCUGUUCCCAGUCGCUUCUUAAGGUAUGGGAACUGGAAAACGGAGAUCAGGUUUAUCAGAUUGCUAAUGCCCAUGGGCCACAUGUAGAGCUGACAGCAGCUGCAGUGGAUUCGGCUGGAUUUCAUCUGGUAACAGGGGGGGUUGAUGGUUCGCUAAAAGUUUGGGACUUUGAGAGUGGGCAAGAUUUAAAGUGGAAGCCUCCAGAGGCAAAGCACAAGGAGGGGGAUCAGAGCUUAGUCAAGCUUGUCUAUCUUAGUUCAGGAGAUCAACGCUCCAUCCUCACUCUGAAUGGCAAUGGAGCAGUCCAAAUCCUUCAGGAUUCAGAUAGGUUUUCUGACCUUAAACUGGUCCAGGUGUUUCCUACAGUGCAGUGCGGUCUGCAGAGUGAUUCCCUGCUGCAAACCCCUGCAAAGACCAGUGCACUCUACACUCAACCACUCAAUCAACCGUUGCCUGACAUAGGUGGCUCCCCAAGAGUGAACCCUCUAGCUGCAGAAGAACUGACCUGUCUUGAUGUAUUAUACCAAGAUGGAAAUCACUUAGUAGUGACUGGAAGCACCAAUGGAACAAUUGUCCUCUGGGACUAUGAUUCAGCCACUGUCAAACACCUGUAUACGGAAGACCAAAUUCUUCAUCCUGAUGAUCAGCAAACAUGGCAUUAUAAUUUUGACAGGGGACAAUUUUUGAAGAAGGUUCUGCCAGGCACAAGAGGAUCUAUUGUUCCCUUAACUGCAAUGUGUGUCAAUUUGGACGCCGACUUACUUCUGCACCUGGAAGAAGUCUUCCCCAAUCACCGGCCAGAAAUGUUUGAAAAACUCAGCGGGGAGGCCAUCUAUCCCAGGCACCUUCCCACUGGAGAGCUGUGUCGCUGCAGUAGUCGGUUCCUUAAAGGAGAGCUCUGUAUCCAGUCCACUCUGCUCUUCCUCACUCAGGCUGGUUCUCUGCCGCAGGGCAUCCGCACACACCUCAGCUACUGGCUUACCGCUCUGUUCUUCUCCAGGCCAAAGAAGAAGGAAGUGGGUGCGUCCAUGUCCCUCAGCUCUACGAAGCGAGAACGCACCAACACCCCCUUCACCUUCUCCUCCAGGACGUCCGAGAUUAACAAAGAAUUAGACAGCCCCCCGUCAUCCGACUCGUACAUGCCCUCAAUUUCUUCGCUGUCUCCCCUGUCUUCUUCAGCGGCCUCGCCACUCUCCACAGCCACAACUUCAGCCUCAGCCUCAGCCUCAGUACCACCUUACUACCUAUCUCUUAGUCAGACUGGGACAGCUGCCGGGGAAGACGCACCGCUGACUCAGGCCUCUGCUGGUUCCUCUGAAUCGGACUCUGCUGGCACCGCUGACUCGGGCUCUGCUGGUUCCUCUGAAUCGGACUCUGCUGGCACCGCUGACUCGGGCUCUGCUGAUACUUUGAAACAGCUUUCUGAGGUGGUGAGACAGCGUCUCUCUUGGCGAGCCCACUCUUCACCAAUUACCAGCAUUUUCUAUGUGGACAGCAAAUCUGUGGUCCUGUCAGCCUCUACAGACGGAUCUGUCAGGGUUUGGUAUGCUCCGAAAGGUCAUUAUAUUGGAUACUUUGGCCAGCGUAGAGUGUGGCAGUUAAUAAAGCCUCUUGAGUUUACUUUACCUUGUGAUGUCAGUCAACUUCCACUGGAAGUCAAAACCAGGGGGAAAUCACUGGUUAAGAAGAAACAGCAGGGGUAUGAUUACCCCCUCAUUCUGAACUGGGAAAGAUUAGAAGUCCUGAGCAAGUAUUAUCGGUCCCACAACUGUUUUUGGAAAGCUAUCAAGAUGCAAAGCAGAGUCUAUCAACUGGAAAAACGAAAUGCCCGAAGGCCACAAGGCCAUGUUAGACGAUUGAUCUUCAAACCUGGUCAAGUAACCUCCGCAGUGCCCAAACUCUUCAAGGCCAUCAGAAUUGGAUUUCAGAAAGGUCACUAUUAG